GACAUCAAUACGCGCCUGACCUGUACACGUUCUCCCUUUACCCUCUUGGAAACAGCCUAAUAGCAAUGUCUUGAGUCUGAUACCUUUCUAGCUGCGUGCUGGCAAGCAUACUUACACCCACCAUACCACUCUACGAAGCCAGUCACGCAGCCACUCUCCUUCCAGACCUGUCCCGCGUCCCUAUCCCCGUCCGCGUGCACAACUCUCCUAGACAACAUGAUGGCCUCGAAUAUCUUGUCAAGGCUCCUCCCCUCUGCUACCGACGAGAACUCAGACCUAUUACCUCCUCGCCCACCUCGGUCGUCCACUUCCUCCGAUCCUGACAACCUAGAAGCAGCCCUGGACGAAGAGAACUUAGGAGAGCAUUUUGAAGACCAAGAUCUGGAUCAUCUGCUUGCUGAAGCUGCUGGAAGUCAAGCUGACACUGCGAGCACUGCAGCGUCGCCUGAUCGGAAGCGCCAGGCCUUCUCCGCUGGUUGGAAGCCUCAGAUGAGCAGGCCGAAAUGGAUGUCGACCGCGCCGGGACGGGAGCAUACUGACGAUGAUGACGAUGUCCCGGAAUCACUUUUGCUUGAAGCCAGGACAGAAGCACCUCCACGAGUAAAUAAGCCUACAAAUAUCCCUGGACCUAGAAGUGCAGCGGUCCCUGCAUUACCGGGUCCAUCGUCACAGCGAACACAAACACAAACACAAACACAAACACAAACACAAUGGGACGCUACGCGAGCACAUCAGCGCCUUCAUAGUGACGGGAGGUACAAGAGACAGGGAACCAGAAUCCCCAUGAUAAAUCAAAGAGUAACGUUAACACAAGAUAGAAGAGAAAAGGCUUUGUGGUUGUGGGCCAAUGUUCAAGAUUUAGACGCCUUCCUGGUCGAGAUCUACGAGUACUAUGCGACCAAAGGUAUCUACUCGAUCAUGUUAUCGAAGGUACUAUGGCUUUUACAGGUAGCCUUUAUCGUUGCGCUAGGGACAUUUGUGUCCUUCUGCGUUGACUUUAGUGCAGUAUCACAUGAGAAGAAGCUUCGAGAUGUUGUGCAUGGCCAAUGCAUCCAAACAAGAGUGCACGGCUUCUGGUCCUUUAUGCUCUGGAUAUUAUUUGGUGGGUGGUUCUACGCCCUGGCCAUAUAUGUCAUCCAGAUCCCGCGGCUUUGGCAGAUACACGAUUUCUUCCACUUCCUACUGGAUGUACCAGAUCGCGACAUCCAGACUGUUUCGUGGCAGCUUGUUGUUGCCAGGCUUAUGGCACUCAGAGACUCCAAUAUCAUAACUGCGCAGAAUAUAUCUGCCGCCAAUCGAAGAUUCAUUGGUAGCCAGUCUAAAACCCGCAUGGAUGCACACGACAUCGCCAACAGGCUUAUGCGUCGUGAGAACUAUUUGAUAGCGUUGUUUAACAAAGACAUCCUUGACCUCACAGUACCUAUCCCGUUCCUCGGUAGACGGCACUUAUUUUCCAGAACGACCGAAUUCCAUGUCAACCUGGCCGCAAUAGAUUUCAUGCUGGAUGAACAAGGCCACGUGCAUCCUCACUGCCUGUCUGAUAAGAAUAGACACUAUCUAAUCCAGACUCUCAGACGUCGCUUUGUACAAACAGGUCUCAUCAGUAUCGUAUGUGCUCCCUUUCAGGCGAUGUACUUUGUGGUCUGGUUGUUCUUCAAGUAUUUUACGGAAUUUCAAAAAGACCCAUCCCAGAUCAUGGCACGAUCGUUCACUCGACUUGCUGAGUGGAAGUUCCGAGAAUUCAAUGAACUUCCUCAUUUGUUCGACAUACGCAAGAACAUGGCCCUAGGUUAUUCUGACAGAUAUCUACAGCAAUUCCCGAAAGACAAGACCGAGAAACUCGCAGGUUUCGUGGUCUUUAUAUCAUCAGCUAUUCUCGCUGUGCUCGGGUUGGCUACACUUCUCGACUCGGAAUCUUUCCUUGGAUUUCAGAUUACCGAUGGACGAACAGCGAUCUUUUACAUUACGCUCUUCUCAACUAUCUGGUACGCUGCUCGGAAUAGCGGUCCACAAGAAGAACCGACGAUGGAUCCCAAGCUGGCCUUGUCCUUUGUUAUCGAGUGUACGAGAUACUGCCCGGCAUCGUGGACUGAUCGACUACAUACUGAUGAGGUCCGUCAAGAGUUCACGACCCUGUACCAACUCCGGCUGGUCAACGUCUUCGAGGAACUACUGAGCAUAUUUGUAACUCCUUACAUACUUAUGUACCGGCUUCCAAAAUGCAGCGAACGCAUCGUAGACUUCUUCCGCGAAUUCACCAUCAACGUGGACGGCCUGGGUAACGUCUGUUCCUUUGCAGUCUUUGACUUCAAGAAAGACGUCGAGAAUGUCGCACGCAUCCGCCCCGACCGGGCGCACGAAGAAUCGGGCCUCCGCGACGACUACUAUGGCACCAAAGAUGCAAAGCUCGUCGCCUCCGUCAUGGGCUUCCAGGAAACAUACGUCACGAACGCCGCAAGUACGCGCCGCUAUAAUCGCAAGCCCACAAAGUUCCAGUUCGAGCUACCGCCCCAGUUUGACUUGUACAAUCUCUCGGAUCCGCAAAAACAGUCCACUAUCCGAACGCCACAAAUGCGUGGGUUUCAACAUACCCCACGCGUUAACGCACAUCCUGGCCGUGCGUCGCCCAUGCACUCGAUCCUGCUUGAUCCGCAUCAUCAGCCGGCCAUGUCCAUCAUGCGGGGGUCACAAGCUCAGCAUGCACAGGCGCGCCAGCGUGGCUCACGGCAGCCGUUCAGUGGGGUCGAUGAGAGUCCGGUGAUCUCGGCGCGGGACAUGACGACGAGUCGCAUCAUCGAGGAGGAUAGUAACCUUGGAGAGUCGUGGCGGACGACGAGGGCUGCGCAUGUGGAUGAGGAUGAGGAUGCGAAGGAGAUGGAGAUACAGGAUCAGAGGCCGGGUGUGUUGGGGCUGCUGUAUCAAUUUCAGAAGAAGCAGACUCAGGGACGAGGACCCGGCGCUGGCGUGGUCUAGAAGAUCCGGCAUGGACGUUUGUUUGGUGCGUUCUUCGUGCACGGGUAUUGGCGCUUGGGUAGACGCUAUGUCAUUUAGCAGCAUCAGGCUGGAGUUUUGAUAUUGUCCGAACUAGUACAGGCAAAGUUAUAUACCGCACUCGAGCUACAUCUACAUGCUC